AACGUUCUUAGAACGGCACUCCGGUUCAUCUUCAUUUGAUUGUAUUUUUGCAAUUUAUGCAGAAAUAUAUCCUUUGUACGUAAAAAAUCUUUAACAAAAGCCAUCGUUUUCAAAAAAUUGUGUUCGAUUGUUGAUUACAAGCACAGGUGAAAUUUUACUAUGCGUAGUCGAACGGAACUGGUUACAACACAGUUGGAAGGAUCCGACUUCGAAGAUGAAACGGAUUUUGAAGAUUCGGAAGAAGACUGGAAGCCCGCAAAAGAUGAUCCGAAAAACAAAACUAAACUCAAAAGCCCACCCAGAUCUAGAAAAUCGGCAGGAGGAAGCAAAAAUGGAGCCAAACGGGGACGAAAAUCAGUGAAAAAAUCUAAGAAAAAAGCCUCCUCUGAGGAGGAGGAAGAAGAUGAACCAACAGACGAAGAAGAAGAUAUCCCCGUCCCCAUCCCUACAAAAAAGGCCAAAAAGACAACGACGGAGUCGUCGGGAUCACAGAACAAAGAAGCCAAAUCUCCGGAAUCGUCUUCUAGUGUCAAGCAGGAACCGAGCACUUCGGCGAACUCGUCGCCAAAGCCACAACCAUUGCAGCGCAAAAUUGCAAAUUCACUGAAAAGUUUUCCGGACAAGUGCGGUUUUUUGAAUCUUUAUAUCUUCAAGGGUGAUCUGAAGGAGGGCAUUAUCAACAACACAGAGGUUUGCUUGUGGCGACGAGAUGGAUCAAGCUUAUUGCAAAAAUAUCUUCGCGAUACUGCUGCUACUACCGAUAAUCCGCAGUAUAUAUCUUCAAUGGUGUACUCAUGUUGGGAGGAUAAGCGAGCUGACGAAUACCUGGAAGUUAAAGUUAAAUGCCUGGAUCAGGCAAAACAGAUUCAUGUAGAGUUGGUCAACGCUUCUGAAAUAGAAGCCAAAUCUGUUUCGGAAUAUGAAGGCUACGUAGCUGUCCACGGUGUACCACCUCCUCGUAAAAAUACGCGAAAAACUGGAAACGACGCAAGUGGAGGAGCAUCUGAAGAUGAGGAGGACGACGAGGACGUAGAUGAAGAGGACUACGAUGAUGUGGAGGAUGAGGAAGAAGACGAGCAACUUAAGGAAGAAGAGUAAAAUGUGAACCAAUAUCCGGUAAAAAGCAUUUGGUUCAUUUUCACUAAAUUUUAAUCAUAACCAUGGGCUUGCUAUAGUUUUGCCUAUCAGAAUUACAUUUACCAUCUUAAGACAUCAUUUUAUCAAGCUCAGCUGACGAAUAAAGUGACAA